AUGUAGUUGAAUACUACAAUUCGUCAAAAGACAACAAACGCAUCUUGAUUUUAUUCUAUUCUUAAUUACAGUGAUUUAAUGUAAUUUUGUGUAGGAACAACAUACUUACCUUAAAUUUUUUAAAGACCCUUUUUCCAAAGGACCCCAAUUUGCAAAAUAAAAGAAUAUUUUCGUAUUUUUUCCUGUUACUAUAAUUAAUUAAAAUCUGUAUUAAAUAAUGUAAUAUAAUGUUUAUAACGAAUUGAUAACACUGUCUCUGGCAUUGCUCUUAUUAAAAUAUAGGACGUUGUCAAGGAUAAGAACGUAUAGUCUGAUGGUCUCUUUAAAAUAUUGUCCUUAUGAGUGGGAGUCCCGACGAUAAGUAGCCGUUUCUUUGUAUCAGUACAAUAUUUAUGUUCGUCGUAUCUUUCUGAGAAUGAGAAACCACCAACGACAGUGCGUAUAUUCGACCGCAAUGACUACUACAGCGUGCACGGCGUGGACGCGACCACAUCGGCAAGAGAGGUGUUCUCCUCCAUAUCCAACAUCAAGAAGAUGGGCCUUAAGCCCAACCUGCUCGACUACCUCGUGCUCUCUAAAGGAAACUUCGAGAUCUUGAUCAGGAAACUGUUGCUGGUUAGGCGCUACAGAGUAGAAAUCUACGUGAAGGACGGCCCGGGAAGGAAUAGUGAAUGGGUACUCAAGUAUAAGGGGUCGCCGGGAUGCUUGACACAGUUGGAAGAGGUCCUCAGUGAGGGCCUAGGGGCCACUGAUGAACAGACGCCUUGCCUUAUGUCUGUGCAUAUUAAAACUGAUUCUGUAACCAAGGGUCGUCUCCUAGGUGUGGCUUGUGUAACUGCGGGUGACUAUCAGAUGUCUGUAGCGGAGUUCACAGACGACGACUUGCUGACUGAGUUGGAGACGAUCACCGUGCAAAUGGCGCCUUCAGAGUGCCUCGUGCCCAGUAGCGAUAAUGAAGAUUACAAAGCUCUGAAAAAGGUGAUGGAGAGAGCUGCCGUCACAGUGACCAAGUUGAAGAACAGUGAUUUCUCAACAGAAGGGCUGAUGCAGGACUUGAACCGCCUACUGAAGUUCAAAGAGGACCAACAACAAGACGCCAAUGCCUUUCCUGAAACCAGGAAGAAUGUUGCCAUGUCCAGUUUAGCUGCUGCUAUAAGCUACGCUGGAUUGUUGACGGAAAACACUAAUUUUGGCAGGUUCCGGCUAUCAACAAUCCAAGCGGAUUGCUUCUUACACCUGGACGCGGCGGCGCUGUCAGCUCUCAACGUGCUGCCGGAGUUAGGAGAUAACUCACAUGCACCCGCGAGGAGCUUGCUCGGCUUGCUGGACAGAUGUCGCACGCAGCAGGGGAAACGUCUCCUAGCCCAAUGGCUGCGGCAACCUCUGCGCGAUAUUAACCUGAUCAACGAACGGCUGGACGUAGUGGAACUGCUAGUGAACAACUCUCAGCUUCGUCUGCAACUUCAUGAGGACCACCUGAGGAGGAUACCGGACCUGCAAGCCUUGGCUCGGCGUCUCACCAGGAAGAAGGCCAAUUUGCACGAUUGCUAUAAAAUAUAUCAGGCCAUAAAUAGACUACCAGCGCUGUUACAAUGUCUUGCUGAAGCGAAGCAUCCGACAGUUCACUCCUCGCUGGAAGAACCUAUUGCUGAACUGAAUGAGGAUUUGAACAAAUAUCUACAAAUGAUUGAAGCUACUGUCGACAUGGAUGCUGUUGAAAGAGGUGACUUCUUAGUGAAACCAUCAUUCGACGAGCAACUUCAAAACUUAAGUGAACAACUGGAUUCGCUUCAAAAUUCAGCUGACAAAGAAUUGAAUAGAGCUGCGAGAGACCUGGGUCUAGACGCCGGCAAGACUAUCAAAUUGGACAGCAAUCCUCAGAACGGCUUCUACUUUAGGGUAACAAUGAAAGAAGAACAGUCGUUGCGUGGCAACAAGAAGUAUACCAUCAUAGAUGCUGUCAAAGGUGGAGUUAGGUUUAAAACCAACGCUCUGGAGAACAUUACUGAUGAAUACUUACAAACAAAGGCUUCCUAUGAAAAGGAACAGGAUAAGGUUGUCGCCGAAAUCGUAGGCAUUGCAGCGGGCUACUCAGAAUGUCUAUUCUGUUUAUCGCACAUCCUAUCUCGCCUGGACGUGUUAGUUUCGUUCGCCGUAGCGGCGUCGACGGCGCCAUACCCAUACUGUCGACCCGUGAUUACUGAAGAACUCGAUGAGUUUGUCCUCAAGGAGGUUCGUCAUCCCUGCCUUGAAGUACAAGAGGGUAUAUCUUAUAUACCCAACGAUGUGGAGUUUAAACGAGGUUCGUGUCUAUUGCACGUGGUGACAGGCGCGAAUAUGGGUGGAAAAUCAACUUGGAUGCGGUCAUGCGGCGUGGCGGCGCUAUUAGCUCACGCGGGUUGUAUGGUGCCGGCGACUACUGCCAUAGUGCCGAGGUUGAGAGCGCUGUGUGCGAGAGUAGGGGCUUCGGAUAGAGAGGACAAGGGACAGAGCACCUUUAUGUUAGAAAUGGUCGAGACAGCCGCCAUUUUGAAGACUGCCACGCCGGAUUCCCUCGUGCUGGUAGACGAGCUGGGAAGAGGCACCUCCACGUAUGAAGGGUGCGGCAUAGCGUGGGCUGUUGCUGAGGAACUAGCAACGAAUUCAAAAUGCUUCUGCCUGUUCGCGACGCACUACCACGAACUGACGCGACUGGAAAGCUUGCACCCGGGCGUGAUAGUGAACUCGCACGCGGAAGCCACGGUGGUGGACCAACAACUGCUGCUGCUACACAAGAUCGUACCGGGACCUGCCACGCACUCACUCGGGCUGCACGUCGCCAAACUUGCCGAUUUACCCGACUCCAUUAUUGAGUAUGCAGAAGCUAAACAAGCACAGUUAGAAACAAACCUUUUUGAAGCAGAAACGGCCGUCAAAUCUCAAGAAACCAAGGAAGGGCAAACCAUUAUAUUGGACUUUCUGAAGAAAUGCAAGGAGAUACAAGAAUCAACCGCCUCUGAUGAAGAUAUGAUGAAGCAAAUCAAUUCGUUGAAGCAAAAUGUUUUGCGACAAAAUAAUAAGUAUGUGCAGUCGCUCUUGGCUUAACUACAAAGUUGUUACUUAAAAAUAACAUGGCGUUAAACUGGACCGAAGCAUCGCCGAGUACUCGCACUAUGUGGGCCGUACUGCUACAAUAUGUCCCCACUGCGCAUGCGUGCGUAAUUUUAGAGGGUUCAAAUUCGCCGUCGUGGGGUGCACUGCACAGCUGUGUGGGGUCGAUGCUUCGGCAUUAUUAUUGUUAUUUUUCCUAACCAGCUGCUACUAAUCUAGUCCAUCUACUAAGUUCUCAGACUUCGCUUAUACAGAGUUAGAAUUUCAUAGCAUUAUUCUAAAUAUAUACCAAAGCAUGCAUGACCAACGUGAAUAUUCUUUAUGAUUAAAUUACUAUGCAACGUCACGUGCUGUAUAGAGAUAAAUAAAGAGUAGACCACCGCGGUAUGAUCUGCUACAGCCAGAAUAUGCGGCUGUCUGACGAUAAAUAAGCGAAGAGUGCGAAGGGCCGACGCGGGAGAGAUGUAGUUCUCAAUCAGGCGAGCGUCUGGCGCGAUGUUGCCGUACCGCUCACUGCCGACCGGAUUUCAUUCAUAUUUGAGACGCGACGUUGCCGUCUUCAGCGGAAACCGCGACCACACAGCGUAAAAAAGGGCCUGUGGAAUGUGGCAGUACCGCGGGGCGGGCCUAAUGCCGAAUAAAAAAAGUAGACAAAGUGGCUGCGUGGAAUGCGGACAGCUGAAGUACUAUUCGGGCAGAGAUUACUCAAUUGACCAUUACCGAAACUUUUCUUUAGCUAGAUCAUUCUCACAUACCUACUUGUGUUAUUUAAUUACUAAUAGGAUUAAUAGUAAUUAAAGCUUUUAAAAGAGUGAUAAAAUAUCCGAAACAUAAGUAAAUGAGGGUAGUUAACACAUUUCAGACGAUUCACCGAAAACAUUGGCGACGAAAAGUUAUAAGGUUACCUCUUUUUCUAAAGAACUUUAAACUUGGAAUAUACUUAAAGACCUUCGUGUAUUGAUAUUGUUUCAGGUGUCAGUCAAGAGAGCCUUAAGACUCGGCUGACAAGAAAAAUAAUAAAAAAGCGAUUGCAUCCAAGGUCCAUGGCGGUCGGCCGCCGCAAAUGAAAUUCAGCAUUGUGGCAGAGAGCGGUGCGGCGAGAGGCGGCGCCGGAGAACAGGCAGCGUGGGGAAGGGGACGCGGCCGUGUUCUCAUGCCUAUGGGUGGUCGGCGCUCGGCUUUCGAAUUCCAAUGCCUCGCCUGUAGCGCCUACGCGCUAGACUAACAUCUAUGUAGCUCCACACUGUAUGCCGUGAACCCAAACAAUUUCUAUACAUUUACUGCCUUUUAACUUGUAUGACGCGUUUCAAUAGGACAGUUUAAUUUAGUCCCACCUACGGAUCCAUGAAUGAAAGAAUUUUACGUUUGUUUUAAGUCUAAACAAACCAUGGCUUCUCUCAUAAAGUUUGAAAAAUAAACAAAAGGAUAGAAGCCCGGAAACGGGGUCGGAGGAAAUGUACAUCCGCCAGAUGGAGCGUGUUUUAUUCCAACACAAUGUCUUUUAAUGUCUGGGUCUACUGCGAAACCAGAACGUCAUGUUUUUAAAUGAUUUCGCCCAUCAAAAAGUGUGAGUAAACAAUACUUUUAUAAUAGACAGAACAAAGCCCUUGUUAUGGGAAUCUAUAGUAAGAAUCGCGAUUCUGAAGAGAUCGCUAAUGGUAGAAAGCCGCCAGCGCCGGUAAAGCCGCUUGUUUAACUUAAGUACUCUGGCGAGUAUAGCCGGCGGCCCACUGCAUUCCACGGCCAAAGUUUCCCAAAGGCCGCUGCCGCCGCGCCGACACAAAGAAAAUAACACGAUCGCUGAAAUGGGCGGCGCCUCCCUCUCGACACGAGCGUACUGGGUAUUUUCACGAUACACUUGUAAUUACUAAGAAAACUCGCCAAACUUCUUUUGCUGUACCUAUGUUGUUUAUAAUUCAAAGAAAGUUAUAUGUAAGUGUUUAUGUAAUUUUUAUUUAAUGAUCAUACUUUGGAAUGCGCACGCUGCCCACGCCCGCCCGUUUCAGAAACACCGCUCCCUGACCUCUGUAUUGGUGUAAUUGACCUUUACGGUCCCUAUUGCUAACUCUUAAAUAAAAAAAAGGCUUGUAAAAA